AUGCAUGACUACCAGUUUUUGCUUCUCUUCCUGCAGAUGUCGGCGUUGACCUCUCUUCUCUCGGUCCUUCGGGCCUUUUCCCGCAAAAAGAUGCUUCUCCCCAAGGAAUCGAAUCUUCGGCGCUGCCUGUCCACCCUGGACCUGGUGGCCUUAGGAGUGGGCAGCACGCUUGGGGCCGGUGUGUAUGUCCUCGCCGGGGAUGUGGCCAAGGUCACCGCCGGCCCUAGCAUUGUGCUGUCCUUCCUGGUGGCUGCCUUGGUAUCCGUUCUGGCGGGACUCUGCUAUGCCGAAUUUGGGGCCCGGGUGCCCUUGACGGGCUCGGCCUAUCUCUAUAGCUACGUGACAGUGGGCGAGCUGUGGGCCUUCAUCACCGGCUGGAACCUGCUGCUGUCCUACGUCAUUGGAACAUCCAGUGUGGCCCGGGCCUGGAGUGCCACUUUUGAUGAACUGAUUGGCAAGAGAAUGGGUGUGUUCUUCAAUACCUACAUGGCCAUGUCAACCCCUGGGCUGGCUGAGUACCCAGACAUCUUUGCUGUCUGCCUCAUUGCUGUGCUGACAGCGCUGCUUUCCUUUGGGGUCAGAGAAUCGACGGUGGUGAACAAGAUUUUCACUGGUGUGAACAUGCUCGUACUACUGUUCAUUGUGCUGAGCGGCUGCAUCAAAGGGGACCUGAAACACUGGCAGCUGAGCCAGGAGGACCUGAGGAACCUCCCCACUGAUAGGAAUGAGACUUCGUCCAGGAAUGAGACAGGGGAGUUCGGAGUGGGAGGAUUCAUGCCAUACGGGUUAAGUGGGACCCUAGCCGGAGCCGCCACCUGCUUUUAUGCUUUCGUGGGGUUUGACUGCAUCGCUACGACAGGAGAGGAAGUGAAGAACCCUCAGCGGUCCAUCCCCCUGGGAAUUGCCAUCUCCCUUUUGGUCUGUUUCCUGGCAUAUUUUGGAGUCUCAGCUGCCCUGACCCUGAUGAUGCCCUAUCACCUACUGGACAUCCAGAGCCCACUGCCUGCUGCCUUUGAAUAUGUGGGGUGGAACGUGGCCAAGUAUAUCGUGGCCGCUGGGUCGCUGUGUGCCCUGACCACCAGCCUGCUGGGCUCCAUGUUCCCGAUGCCCCGCAUCCUCUAUGCCAUGGCGAGGGAUGGGCUGCUCUUCCGACCACUGGCCCACAUCAGUCAGCGGCAGAGCCCAGCAGUGGCCACCUUUGUGUCCGGAGGGGUGGCAGCCCUCAUGGCCGCUUUCUUCGACCUGAAAGCCUUGGUUGACAUGAUGUCCAUUGGUACCCUGCUAGCCUACACCUUGGUGGCCGUCUGUGUCCUCCUGCUCAGGUACCAGCCUGACACUGAUGAGAAGGAGCUCCCUGACUUAGAGAACUGUAGCCAGUCAACUCAGCUGGAGGUCUCUGACCCUAACCCAACACCUCUUCCAACUCCACGCUCCUCCAGACGGGUGUCCUAUGCUGUGGCGCUCGUGGCUGUCCUGGUGGUGAUCGUGAGUGUGGUGACCUCCGUGGGGCUGGAGUGCCUCCUGUCUGGGGCCGUCUCAUGCAUUCUUGGCCUGACUCUCCCUCUCUUGGGCAUCCUGGGUGCAGCUCUCCUCAUCUGGUGGCAGCCUCAGAGCAGCAAGAAAGCAACCUUCAUGGUUCCUGGCCUCCCGUUCCUCCCAGUCUUCAGCAUCCUGAUCAAUACUUACCUGAUGGCCCAGCUCAGCACUGACACGUGGCUGCGGUACGCCGUCUGGAUGGCUGUGGGCCUCCUCAUCUACUUUGGUUACGGGUUUCGCCACAGUGUGGAGAGAGAACGCUCCAGAGAUCUCCCGGCAGGAGAAGUUGGGGGGCCCGGGGAGAGACCGCAGCAGUGA